AUGGGCAGUGAUCAGAUAAACAACUCACUUGAGCCCUUGGCCAUGAAUGGCGGAGAUGGACAAUACAGCUACUCCGAGAAUUCCACCAUGCAGAAAGAGGGAAUAGAGUGUGUUAAAGAUUUGAUCACCGAAGGGAUUGUGCAAAAACUUGAGACACAGUCUGAUGGGACCGAUUCACGCUCUGCUGAGUUUCAUUUCUUCUUAAACGAUCACGUUGACAAUGAUUUCAACACCCUUUUCACUUCCAUGCCUUCUGACAAGGAAUACUUUGCAGCUGGUGUGCCGGCAUCUUUCCAAAAUUGGCUGUCUCCAAAGGCCAGUAUUGAUAGCUUUAGAAUUGUUUCUGCGGGUCUCAUGGCUCUGUCAAUCCCAAGUGUUCCAGAUCCUCAUUGCAAGUGUGUUAUAACUUCAGUUUUUGACCUUCUGGGAUCUGCUCUGAUGGAUUUAUCAGGCCAGGGAUUGGUUGAUGAAGAUAAAGGCGACAACUUCAACUGUCAAUCUACAUUCCGACCCCUCAUUAGAUAG